AUGCAGUCGAGAAGCCUUCGUGUGUUUGCUGUUCUGCAAAAGCGUCUACGCGACUUGUGGACUCACCGGAGCUCUCAUCGUCUCGCCUUCAGCGCCGUUGCUCUGCCAGGCUUAGCGACGGCUGGUAUGGAGCGUGCAGCUGGUUCUGAUGAAAGAAGACGCGGUCAAGAGUCCAAGUGGGCGGUAGAGAUUGUACCUCCAAGCUCUGUGGCAUCUUCCAAGGCUAGUUUGAGCUCGGAGAGUGAGAAGACAGAAUCCUUGCUGCGAACAGACAAGGCUGAGAGCAGCACUGCGAAGAGCACUUCCGUGGAUGAAUGUACCUCAGAUGUUUCAGCUACUUCUUGCAGAUCCGACCGGAAUAGCGAGACCUCUCGGGAUGAGUCGAUCUCAGCUCAGACAACAGUCAACGCGACACGGAGGGGUGGCAGGAGGCUGCAUGCCGGAAGAAAGUCCAACAGAGAACCAGUCUACGGCUUGUCCACCACACGAUGCAUUGUUGCGAACUGUACUACUUACGCAUCUUACGGGGAUCCUGUGGAGCGGCUGAAGCUGUACGUGAAGGAGGUUGGUUCCAUCAUGAUUCAAACUGAGGCCUCUGCUCUAGCUUCUGUUCGGAGCAUCGACAUCCGGGAACAGUCGAUCUCAAGAAUCGCAUUUGGCUGCAGCAGUAGAGCCACCUACGGGUCUGUGGGCAACAGCACGAAGAGUGCUGGGGAAGAUCAAAGGUUGUGCGAGGCUCAGAACUGCAAGAAGAUUCCUGCCUUCGGUGAUCCAAGGAGCGGGAGCCCGAGGUUCUGUCGUGAGCACAAGCUUGCAUUCCACGUGGACGUGAAGAACAAGAAGCACAUGGUUGAUACCAUCCGCACAUCAAGGAAAAAUGCAUCGCAUGCUGCUAGGAUGGAAAAUCGAGUGUUAAUGAUCAGCAGUAUCGAUGCGAUGCCGAACGCAUGGAGUUUUAUGAAUGUUUUCACUCAUGAAGCAAACUGA